UGCGCGCUCCCGUUAAUCCAUGCAGCGGCGCUGAAGUGACAGUGUGUCGUCUGCGCUCGUCUCGGCCGGAGGGGGAACAGCGCGGCGGGUCCCGGCGAAAACACUGACAAGUGUGUGUGUGCGCGCGCGCUACACGAAGGAAACAGCGCAGGCAAAGGCAGCAGCAUGAGCUCUCGCGGCGGCUCCCUUUCGUACACACUCUCGGCGCUCUGUUUACUGCUGUGUGCCGUUCGCGCAGUGUCUGGAGAUUACUGUGAGGUUAACUACUGCCACAAUGGCGGCACCUGUGUAACUGGGGUGGGAGAGGAACCCUUCAUUUGUAUCUGCGCAGAGGGCUUCACAGGCGACACCUGCAAUGCUACAGAGAGCGGGCCCUGCAACCCGAACCCCUGCAAAAACGAUGCUAUGUGUGAGGUCAUCAGCCAGUCGCGACGAGGGGAUGUCUUCAAUGAGUAUGUCUGCAAGUGCCUACCAGGAUUUGAAGGCGUACACUGCCAGAACAAUGUGAAUGACUGUGUUGACCAGCCUUGCAAGAAUGGAGGGAUUUGUCGAGAUCUGGAUGGAGAUUAUACCUGCAAGUGUCCCUCACCUUAUGUGGGGAAGCACUGUCAGCUACGUUGCAUCUCCCUGCUGGGUAUGGAGGGUGGUGGCAUCGCUGAGUCCCAAAUCAAGGCCUCUUCUGUGCACUACGGUGUCCUGGGCCUUCAGCGCUGGGGCCCUGAACUGGCCCGACUCAACAACCAGGGCAUUGUCAACGCCUGGACCUCGGCCACUCACGACAAGAACCCUUGGAUAGAGAUCAACUUGCAGAGAAAGAUGCGUUUGACUGGAAUCAUUACCCAGGGGGCCAGCCGCAUGGGAAUCGCCGAGUUCAUCAAGGCCUUCAAGGUGGCCUCCAGCUUUGAUGGCCAGACCUACACCACGUACAGACUGGAGGGCCAGAAGAAAGACCAGGUUUUUGUUGGGAAUGUAGACAAUGACAGUACCAAGACCAAUAUGUUUGAUCCGCCCAUCACCGCGCAGUACAUCCGCAUCAUUCCUGUCGUCUGUCGCAAGGCCUGCACCCUGCGUAUGGAGCUGGUGGGCUGCGAGCUCAAUGUGUAUUUAAACACGGCAGGUUGCUCUGAGCCUCUGGGCAUGAAAUCCCGUCUGAUCUCAGACGAGCAGCUCUCGGCCUCCAGUGCCUUCCGUACCUGGGGUAUUGAUGCUUUCACAUGGCAUCCUCAUUAUGCUCGCCUUGACAAGCAGGGCAAGACCAAUGCCUGGACAGCGGCGAGCAACAACCGCUCUGAGUGGCUUCAGGUGGACCUGCAGACACCCAAACGAGUCACAGGCAUCAUCACCCAGGGAGCCAAGGACUUUGGAAAUGUGCAGUUUGUGUCUGCCUUUAAAGUGGCAUACAGUAAUGAUGGACAUUCCUGGACUGUGUUCAAGGAUGAGAACACCAAGUCAGAGAAGAUUUUCCAAGGCAACAUAGACAACAAUGUGCAUAAAAAGAAUGUGUUUGAUCCACCCUUCUAUGCCCGAUUUGUGCGCAUUCUUCCAUGGGAAUGGGAAGAGCGCAUCACGCUGCGCAUGGAACUCUUGGGCUGUGAUGAAUAGACCUGCGUGCUCCAUGGGGACCCAGCCUGUGUCAGCCCCUUCCCUUAAGCUCCGCCUACCUGCCGUACCUGCACUGCCUUGUCCACAACUAUAGGGGGCAGCAACACUCCUGGUUCCACAAGCCUCAAAGAAAAUGAACGCUGAAUAUUCCCUGAACUUCAAGUUACCCUCAUUGAGUCAUAACAGUAAUUUAGUAAUUCCAGAAAAUUAAUGUUUAAUUAGAAGCAUGCAGUGAAUAUUGUUACCUUAUGCUGUUGGCAGUUUGACCUAAUUUGGGCAUAAUUGUAGCUAGCUUUUUUCUUUUUUUGUAGUGCUCUGUUUUGUUUUAAGUGUUUUUCCUGUUUGUUGCUAUUUAAACAGUCAAGGUCAUAUCUUUGGUAUAAGUAAUGAGAAUUUUAGCUUUUACAUAUGAAAAGGCAAAAGCAAAUGAUUUUAAUAUGAUGGAAUAUUUUAAAAGUCCAAAGUCCUGGUUUAGAGAUACCAGAUGGUUGCACUCAGGUUUGCAGGAGUCCACUGAUACCCCCCCUUAUAAAAGUCUUAUUCAGCCCUAACUGGAGAUGAAAGGCUGAAUAAUACUGGUAAAUCUUAUCAUUGUGAUUUCAACAAACAGUGGUGUCUUUUUUUCCCCCUAGUGUAAACUUCCUGCUGGAACGGGUUCACAGAAUCCCUCAAUGGGGAUAAGCUUGCUUUACUUUUCGUCAGAUAUUGAAGAUAUUAUGUCCUCGGUAUUGCUCUAUUUCAUGAAAUGAAGACUUAAUGGUAAACAGAGUUUGCAAUAAUUGGAAUGUUAAAUCUGUAACCAUUGUGCUAUUUAUCAAGCAUGAAAGGGUUAUAGUUAUUUUAAGUACAUUUACCACUACAGCUAAAGAGGGAGGGGAUACAAUGUUCUUUAAUGUAUAAGAAAGUGGUUUGAUGACAGAACUUUGUUACAUUCUCUUCUCUCUCUCUGUCUAUAUUAUAUAUGUGCAUUUAGUGUAUAUUAAGCAUCACAUUGCAUCCUAAGUUUAUGAAGUUGUGGUGUUUGUGUGUAAUUGUUGCGUGUUGGAUGCGUGUGCAGAACACGUGAUACAGUUCUAGAAUGGCUGUGGCACUGAUUUUUACAGCUUGCUCACCCACCCAAACCUCCCUACAUUCUCUACAUUUGUGUUGCCUCAAAAAUACCAGUUCCAACAAGUUUCUGAUGCGAAUAACCCAGCAUGAUGUCAUUCUGCCAGUACGUUGUUCAGCCUCACUGUGCCUGCCAUCACACACCCAGCACCUGUGUUCCUUCACAGCACCACUGUGUGUGGAGACCAUACGCCACCACUUCACAUAUAUUCUGCCCCGCCCCCCCGCUCCCCUUGACAAUGGUUAGAAAAGUGGAGAUUUAAAUUUUUAUAGUGGUGGAACUGGUAAGGUUGACAGAUAUGCAGUAUUUGUAGAAUACAACAUGCUUCUUAGACUUGGGCUCUGAGAGUAGACUUUGGAUUUAGUCUGUCACUCCAUAGUAAAGAAAGAAAUGAGAAACUAUCAUGGUUUAUGAAAUGUGGGUUUGUGCAAUAGACUUAGUUGAAAUGGGGAUUGCACUUGUAACCUUAUCAGCAUGUCUCAAUUUCAUGGUAAGGCUGUAUUUUAGGUGUACAUGACAUAAGUGUAACACUAUAGAUUAAUUCUGAAGAAUUCUGUAAAUUAUUGGUUUACAUUCAGCUUGAUAUCAAAUUGAUGUUUUGAAAGUGUGCAUUUAUUGUUUAACCCGGAGAAAUUUCAGGUCUAAUUUUGCAGUGUUCUCAAUGUGUCUGUCAAAAAUAACCUUUCAAAAACGUUCCAUUGUUUCUAGUAUUUAAGUUUUGAUUGACUCAUUAAAAACAGGGAAAAAGUGUUUUUCUUUGUAUGGUUAUUACUGCAUAGACAAAGACUGAUUGGAUUUGACACUUCAGUUUUUUUGGUUUUGGGAAGUUUCCGCUAAUGUUGCAUAUGAAAUAAUGUUGGGUUAAAAGUGGCUGUGAAUUUAAAUGAUCUUGUAAUGAGGAGAGUAUUGGAUCAUGUGUACUUGAAGAAAAUAACUAUCCUGGUUUUCAAACAGCUUUUUGUUGGUCAGAUACAUAUGUUUGUGUAAACCAGGUGAAUUAAUAUGGUCACAGGCUGUAAACAUCCAGGGUGGUGGGAUUACCAGAGCUGUCCUUUGCAGAUCUUUUCUUGUUCACAAACAGUGCUGUAUCGACACUGAUCUAAUAACCCAGGUGUGUCAGGACUUACUACAGAUGGGGGUGGGGGGGCUUGGUUGCAUUUACUUUGAAUCAGCUGGGGCCGAAGACAUCAGGGCUUGAAGGAACAACAUGUCAGCAAGCCCUGUGGCCCUGGGUUCCCAUUCAGCACUUCACAUUCCAGUAGAUCCCCUAGACCCCGAGUAGGAAGAGCCUGGGAGCCGCAGUGGCUGCGGGACCAACAGGAAAACCCUGGUGCCACAACUGGCUCUUCCAGGAAGGAUUCUUUCCUACAAAACAAAAUGGCAUUUUUUCGCCUAGAGUUUGUGGUCUGUAAUUAUAUACUCUUUACACUAGUGCUGCUUGCUUUUCUGCACAACAUAUACUAUUUGCACAUCAUAUCACUAACAUGAGCACAGCUGACAGCUAUGUUAAAUGACAUGCAGUCUGCUUAAAAGGUUUGAAGUCAUUGUUUAUUCUACUAUUGUAGGUCUGAUGUUGUAUGUCUGGUUUUACCCAAUCAUGUUGUAUUAAUAGCUUGGCAUGGUCUUAGAGCAGGCUUGAGGAAAUUAAUCCCAGUCUCGAAGAGUCAAAGAUAAGGAUAUCCUGUCAUGCAGGGAUCUAAUCUUAGUUUGUUCAGUUUUCCUGUUCUUCAAACUGACUCGACAUUAAA